AUGGAUGGACAUGAUAGGAAGAGGUGGUCAAGAAUGCAGAAAGAGGUGGUCAAGAAUGCAGGGAAUAUUGCGGAAAAUAGUAAGAGUAGUAACCCACUGGUAAGGUUAAGUGAUGAACCUGGUAAUCAUCGGGGCAAUGAUUUUCUUGGUUCAAGCUCUGUUGGGCACGUACACCCUGGUUUAAGUCCUGCCAGGGAUGCUUUUGCAAUGGAUGAUCCCCCAAGUUCAAGCCAAGCUAUGGAUGCUUCUCAUGGUAUACGCAAGGAUCUAGUGUCAAAAUCAAGAGAUGCUUCUAAUAAAUAUAAGCACGAUGAUCGCCCAGGUUCAAGCUCAGCUGGGACUAUAAAAAACUCCAGUAGGAAGCGAAGUAAUUCAGAAUGCUCUGAUCUAGGACAGGGUGAAGACUACCAUCCAAGUUUAAGAUCGAGAGGUCAUGUUCCCUAUGUCAGGAACAGUAAUAGAUAUACAAACAUAUCUACAAAUGAAAGAAACUUGAGCCGAAGAGUACAACAAGAUGAAUUUUCUAACAUUAGGCCUUCAACAGUAACAAUCAGGAGAGCAGAAAGAGAUGAUGAACCAUUUGAUAUUUGUUUUCCAUCCAGAGUAUUUUCCCCUCCUCCACGGAGUAAGGAGACUUACAAGAAGAUAGAGAACUUGAUGCCUGGUAUGUUUUUGCUAAAGAAAUGGCUCAGUGAACGUGAACAAGAUGCAUUAGUCAAAAAAUGUCAAGAACUUGGUCUUGGGAAAGGUGGAUUUUUUCAACCCAGUUUUGUUAGUGGUUAUAAAAUGCGUUUGAGGAUGAUGUGCCUUGGUUGGAACUGGAAUCACAGAACACAAAGAUAUGAAGAAGUUCGUGCACACGAUAAUGCACAGCCACCAGCCAUUCCUGUAGAUUUUGUUCCCUUGGUUCACAGGGCCAUUGAAGAUUGUCACAAUGAACUUAGAAAAGACCACACUAUAAGAACCCAAGAAGAGUUGUUAGAGGCUUUGCCUGGCCUAGACCCUGAUGUUUGCAUUGUUAAUUUCUAUGAGGAGAGUGGAAGAUUAGGACUACAUCAGGACAAAGAUGAAAGCUUAGAAAGUCUUAAAAAAGGUUUGCCUGUGGUAUCAUUUAGUAUUGGUGACACUGCAGAAUUUUGUUAUGGAGAGGAGAGGAAAUCUGAGAAUCUUAAUAAGAUCAUGUUGGAAUCUGGAGAUGUUCUAAUCUUUGGAGGGAAAUCAAGGCUUGUUUUCCAUGGCGUUUCUGGUUUGCGCCGUGGUACUGCUCCCCAGUGGCUUACUCAAAAUACUUCGUUGCACCUUGGCCGUGUAAAUCUCACUUUCAGGCAGAUAUCUGUAUGA